AUGUUGGGUAUUUAUUUCACAAUUAAACAUUGUAAUAUGUUUCAGAAUGGUAUUAGAAGUAUGAUACAAUGCCUAAUGUAUUUUUUGGCGGUACAUACCAAGAAAGGUAUAAGGUUGGGUUGCGGCAUAGAGCGGGAAAACAAAAGACGUAAACGUGAAACCGACGUAUAUGUUGUUAUAGAUAACAGCUGUGAACAUCUGAUUAAAAUGUCGAAUCGUUACUGCAGCUGA